AUGCGGACGCGCGGACAGACACCCAAGGCGCCGCUCAAGAAGACGUACGAGCUGGACGACACGCCCGAAGAGGACAGUGACUCUUAUGAUGGGGAUAAGGAGAAUGCGGUGAAUGCGGCGAAACCAGGCAGGAAGAGCAAGCGGAAAGGUGGCGCAAGUCGUGCAAGCAAGAAGGGGUUGUCGAAGAGGCAGAAGAACGACAACAGUACUGCGAGUCAAGAGUCGCCGCCGAGCUUUGCCUUCAAAGCGGCCAAGACGUCGUUUCGCAAACGGAAGCUGCUCAAGCAUGAGCGACAGCUGCAGAACGAGGAGGAAAACAAGAGACGGAUCGACGAGAUGAUUGCGUACUUCAAAAACCUGGAUGAGCAGAAGCUGGAGACAGCGUGA